CUGGAAUUUCGUUAUAUUUCAAUGCAGAGAGAGUGCAAGAAAAUCAAUUUGGAAAAUUGUGAAAAUCUUGCUGAUUUCUUAACAAAUCGUGAUAUUUUGCCAACAAAUCAAAUGUCUUUAUUAAAAUUUUUAGCAAUUAAUGCUCUGGAAUUAAGUGCGCCCGCUACACCUGCUCUCCUUGAACAAAAUCAAAGUAAAAAUAUAAGUGAUACCUUUACUAAACCACAGGGCUGGAUGCAGUUAUCGGGUCACCCAGAAAGCAUCGUACCCACCACCACUGGUAUCGUUCGUAAGCGUGUUACCAGCUUAGCGGAUAGUGAAGUGGAAGCCUACAAUUUACUUUGCCAAGAAACACAAACCGCCAAAAUCAUACCACAAUUCUAUGGUACCUUACAAAUGAAUGGUGAACACUUUAUCGAACUUCAAGACCUACUCAGUGGUUUUAAGGAUCCCUGUGUUAUGGACAUAAAAAUGGGUUGCCGCACAUUUCUUGAAAGCGAAGUAACAAACAAAACCAUAAGACCGGAUCUAUAUCAAAAAAUGAUUGCAGUAGAUCCAUAUGCACCAACAGCGGAGGAACGAGAAGCGCAAGCUAUUACAAAAUUACGUUAUAUGACAUUCCGUGAAUCAAAAUCAUCAUCACAAACAAAGGGUUUUCGAAUAGAAGCGAUACGGUUACGAGGACGUUCACCUGUCAAAGACUUAAAAACUGUCUGCACCGAUGAGCAGAUCGAACAAACUAUUGAAGAAUUUCUAAAUGCUAAGCGUAGUGUCCAUAAAGAACUUAUAAAACGUUUAAAAUAUAUACGUAACGUUAUAGAGAAAUCACAGUUCUUUCAACGGCACGAAAUUGUUGGGUCCAGCAUUUUUAUUGUGUAUGACGAUGAAAAAGUCGGCGUUUGGUUAAUUGAUUUUGCGAAAUCCAGACAACUGCCAGUUGAUAUUCAUGUUACACAUCGCGCUGAAUGGCAGCCUGGUAAUCGGGAGGAAGGUUUGCUCAAAGGAAUGGAUGAACUUAUAAAUGCCUUCGAAGCCGUUUAUACAAGCAAUAGCAUACGGAAAUGCCUGCAAAUUUAAAAACAAAACUUAACUAUAUUAAUCGAAUUUGUAUUAUUAGAGGGAUAAAAAAUGUAUAGAUCUUAUAUAUUAAGCAUAUUAGAUUUUAGAUUUUAUAAUAAUGUGAAUGCAUAGAAAAGAAAAGGGAGGGAGGGGGAGAGAGAGAGAGAAAGACGUAGAGAAAGCGAGUGUGAAAGUGCGUUCUGUUUUAGGCUUAAACCACCGAACAUUUCUCUUACAUUUUGCAUGCGAACACAUGAAAAUACAAAUAGUUAUAGUAAUCAAAUCAUCAUAGUACAGGCUUUCGCUUUCAUCAAGUGAGAAUUAUUAUUUGCCAAUAAGACUGAUAUGAAUUGUUACUUUUUU